AUGUCUCUGCCAAGUCGACAGACAGCAAUUGUUAACCCACCUCCACCAGAGUACAUAAAUGCCAAGAAAAAUGGGCGCCUGACCAAUCAGCUGCAGUUCCUACAGAAAGUUGUCCUGAAGGCUCUGUGGAAGCAUAGUUUCUCAUGGCCUUUCCAACAGCCUGUGGAUGCUGUGAAACUAAAGUUGCCUGACUAUUACACCAUCAUAAAAACCCCAAUGGAUUUAAAUACAAUUAAGAAGAGAUUGGAAAAUAAGUAUUAUGUGAAGGCUUCCGAAUGCAUAGAAGACUUCAAUACAAUGUUUUCAAACUGUUAUUUAUACAACAAGCCUGGAGAUGACAUAGUUCUCAUGGCUCAAGCUCUAGAGAAGUUAUUUCUGCAGAAAUUAUCUCAAAUGCCGCAAGAAGAGCAAGUUGUGGGCGGUAAGGAAAGAAUAAAGAAAGAUACUCAACAACAGACAGCAGCUUCCUCUGCUAAGGAGCAAAUCCCCUCCAAAGCGGCAGAAAAUGUAUUUAAGCAGCAAGAGAUUCCUUCCGGAUUUCCUGAGAUUGCCCUCUCUCCCUUAAACAUGGUGCAGGAGGCUCCCCUCACCUCUGACUCACAGACUGUGGUCCAAGUCACAAAGGGCGUGAAGAGGAGAGCAGACACAACAACUCCUACCACUUCCAUAGUUAAAACAAGUAGCAAGUCUCCUCCGGCACUCAGAGAAUCAAAGCCUGUGACUAUGCCAGGAAAAGAAAACUCACUGAAGAAUGUUUUGCCAGACUCUCAGCAGCAACUCAGAGUUUUAAAAACAGUCAAAGUAACUGAGCAAUUAAAGUACUGCAGUGAGAUCCUUAAAGAAAUGCUUGCGAAGAAACAUUUGUCCUAUGCAUGGCCCUUCUAUAACCCUGUGGACGCUGAUGCCUUGGGACUCCACAACUACUAUGACAUUGUCAAAAACCCCAUGGACCUCGGCACUAUCAAGGGGAAAAUGGACAACCAAGAAUAUAAGGAUGCGUAUGAAUUUGCCGCAGAUGUCAGAUUAAUGUUUAUGAACUGCUACAAAUAUAAUCCUCCAGAUCAUGAAGUCGUGUCAAUGGCUCGAAUGCUCCAGGAUGUUUUUGAAAUGCAUUUUGCCAAGAUUCCUGACGAACCUGUUGAGUGCAUGCAUGCCUAUCACCUUACAACCAACAGUGCAAAAGCCCUCAGUAGAGAAAGCAGCAGCGAGGCCUCCUCGGAGGACUGCUCGUCUGAGGAUUCUGAGGAUGAACGAGUGCGGCAUCUCGCCAAGCUUCAGGAGCAGCUUAAUGCCGUUCAUCAGCAGCUACAAGUUCUGUCCCAAGUUCCAUUACGUAAGCUAAAGAAAAAGAAUGAAAAGUACAAAAGGGCACCAAAAAGGAAAAAGCUUAAUAACAGAGAUGAAAAUCCAAAGACAAAGCCUAAACAAACAAAACAAAAGGAAAAGCCCAAGAGCAAUCAACCCAAAAAGAAGAAGCCACUUUUGAAGUCUGAAGAUGAAGACAACGCAAAGCCCAUGAACUAUGAUGAGAAAAGGCAGCUGAGUCUGGACAUAAACAAACUUCCGGGGGAAAAGCUUGGACGCAUAGUUCACAUAAUACAGUCAAGGGAGCCCUCCCUGAGAAACUCCAACCCAGACGAAAUCGAGAUCGACUUUGAGACUCUGAAGCCAUCAACACUUAGAGAACUGGAGAAGUAUGUCCUGGCCUGCCUGCGGAAGCGAUCUCUGAAGCCCCAGGCGGACAGCAGCGAUUCGGAACCAGAAAUAUGUCCUAAAUUUACUGGCACAAAACAGAAUGAUUUGCCUCCAAAAGAGAAUAUAAAGCAGAUACAGUCUUCUGUGCAAGACACAGCCUCUGCCGAACAUCCUGUUGCUCAGCAGACUACAGCUGGAGCAGCAGGGAAGCAAUCCCAGCAGGUGCAUGGCCACCGUGUAUUAGAACAUCCACAGACCACGGGGAGCAUUGCAUCUGUGCAGACUCAGCCUCUUUCAGGUGAUUCCAAACAUGCCUCUAACGGCCCCAUUGUGGUACCUACCUCUGCUGAGAGUCACUCAGCACUAGAUCCAGGCUGUCAUGUUCCUGUGCAGAAGGAUAUAAAGAUUAAGAAUGCAGACUCUUGGAAAAGUCUAGGCAAGCCAGUGAAACCAUCGAGUGUACUGAAAUCCUCAGAUGAGCUUUUCAACCAGUUUAGAAAAGCUGCCAUAGAGAAAGAGGUCAAGGCCCGGACACAGGAGCAGACUCGGAAACACCUAGAGCCCAGCUCAAAGGAACCCAAAGUGUCUCAUGAAAAUCAGAGGGAGUUUGGAAAUGGCUUGCCGCUAGAAUCUUUAUCAAAUAAAAUGGAAAGCAAGUGUCAUGAAGAAGAGCAGGAUGAACAACAGCCAUCGGAAGCUCAAGACAAAAGCAAACUCUGGCUUCUCAAAGACCGGAACUUAGCAAGGGAGAAGGAGCAAGAACGGAGGAGGAGAGAAGCAAUGGCGGGUACCAUUGAUAUGACUCUUCAAAGCGACAUUAUGACAAUGUUUGAAAAUAACUUUGAUUAAAACUCAGUUUUAAAUUACCUAUCAACUCUAAAUGAAUGGAAUGUUUACAAUGCAUGUGGUAAAGUGAUUACUUUCAACCACCAAGAUACCAAUCAUAUAUUGUGUUUUGACUGCCCUAAAAUAAUUAAAUAUUUUUCACUUACAUUUUUAAUAAAUACGUUCAUUUUAAUGACAUAAUUUAUAAAAAAAGUUUUAUAAUUUUUGAUCUCUAAAGUGAAUAGAUUUUAUUCAUUCUACAGAGGACUGUCAGCUAUGUAUUAUAGCCCUGAUCUUAGCAAGUCUGAAAGGAAUCAUCUGAUUGAAAAAAAUGAAUAUAUGAAAGUAUAUAAAAGCA